AACAAAAUUUUCUAGAAAAUGUAUCUCUCCUAUUUGUCUUUACUACAAACUCCAUCUCUUGUUAAAAAAAAAAAAAAGAAAAAAAGAAAACGAAAAACUCUAUAAAAGAGGAAACCUACAAUUGAACCAAACAAACUCAACUUAUCUCUCCCAAAAAAUGGAGUUCUUCAACUUGGUUUCCCUUUUCCUUUUUGUAUCUUUCCUAUUUUUCUUAAAGAAAUUGAAGAUUUCGAAUAGCCAAAUUAACAAAAGAUUGCCUCCAGGUCCAUGGAAGUUACCUUGUAUUGGAAGCAUGCUUCAUAUGGUUGGUGGACUUCCACAUCGUGUCCUUAGAGAUUUAGCCAAAAAAUAUGGACCAAUUAUGCACCUUCAAUUAGGUGAAGUUUCUGCAGUUGUCAUCACUUCUCCUGAGAUGGCGAAACAAGUACUAAAAAAUCAUGACCUUGCUUUUGCAUCUAGGCCAAAACUUUUGGCCUCCGAAAUUGUCAUGUAUAAUUGUUCAGAUAUCGCCUUUUGCCCGUAUGGUAAUUACUGGAGACAGAUGCGCAAAAUUUGUGUCUUGGAAUUGCUUACUAACAAAAAUGUUCGGUCAUUCAGUUCCAUUAGACAAGAUGAAACUCUUCGUCUUGUUGAUGAUUUUUUCUGCUCAUCCUCCUCGGGUAAGCCAAUUAAUGUAACAAAAAGGAUUUAUUUGUUCACGAGCUUCAUAAUAUGUCGAUCAGCAUUUGGGACGAUAAUCAAGGAGCAAGAAGAAUUUAUACGAGUAGUGAAAAAGGUGACAUCCUUGUUGGAAGGUUUUUAUAUGGCUGAUAUUUUUCCAUCACUGAAAUUUCUUCAUGUCUUAAGUGGAAUUAAAGGUAAAAUUAUGGAUGUCCACCAUAAGGUAGAUACAAUUGCUGAGAAUGUUAUAAAUGAGCACAAGAAAAAUCUUGUAAAUGGCAAGACCAAUGGUGAAUUAGGAGGUGAAGAUUUAAUUGAUGUACUAUUGAGACUUAUGAAAGAUGGGAACCUUCGAUUUCCAAUCACCAAUGACAACAUCAAAGCUAUUGUUUAUGACAUGUUUGCUGCGGGAACAGAAACUUCAUCAGCAACACUUGAUUGGGCCAUGGUGGAAAUAAUGAAGAAUCCAAGUGUACUUUGCAAAGCUCGGGCAGAGGUAAGAGAAGCCUUCAGAGGAAGAGAAACUUUUGGUGAAAAUGAUAUCGAAGAAUUGAAAUACCUAAAGUUAGUCGUCAAAGAAACUUUAAGACUCCAUCCUCCGCUUCCACUUAUGCUCCCAAGAGAAUGUAGAGAAGAAGUAGACAUUAAUGGCUUUACUAUUCCUUUGAAAACAAAAGUCAUAGUUAAUAUUUGGGCUAUUGCAAGAGAUCCAAGAUAUUGGGAUGACGCAGAAAGCUUUAAACCUGAGAGAUUUGAACAUAGUUCCGUGGAUUUUGUUGGUAACAACUUUGAAUUUCUUCCUUUUGGUAGUGGAAGGAGGAUUUGCCCUGGAAUAUCAUUUGGUUUAGCUAAUGUAUAUUUACCUUUGGCUAAAUUAUUAUAUCACUUUGACUGGAAACUCCCUACCGGAACUAAUCCAAGUGAUCUUGACAUGACUGAGUCGGAUGGAGCAAGUUGUACUAGAAAGAAUGACCUUUACUUGAUUGCCACUCCCUAUCAACCUUCUCAAGAGUGAUUCAAUGGCAUCAGACUUUAUUUUAAGAAAGGUUGAAAGUAAUCUUUUCGUACUAAUGUAGUGGUUGGCCUUAUAAAGCUCACCAUUCAUUGCUUCUUCCUCCACAUUUUGCUUUAAAUUUCUUUCUUCUUAUGGUGUUUUAUGCUUUCACUAUUUGUAACAUGUGUCUUUGUUAUGUCGUAAAUGUUACCAUGAUAGUUAUCUACAAAGAAUGUCAUGUGACGUUUUCUGGUGAA